UUACAAACCCUAGAACUCAUAAAACAAAUAGAGGGCCUUUGAUCAUCACUUUCUUCACAGGUAAUUCGAUUAUUUGAUCGCCUUCAAAGAUGUCCAGUUCUCCACAUUAUGUGCCUCCGCCUGGAGAUGUUUCAGUGCGUGAUGGCGACAAAAUUACCAUCAAGCCCAGAGGAUUUAACAUUGUAUGGGGCAACGACAGCCGCUACUGGAAGCUACCUGGAGAAGGGAAAAAUGAUGAACCGGCAGAGCUAGUGCAGGUGUCUUGGCUUGAAGUAACUGGUUCGGUGACUGUAACGAAAGGAAAGAAGUAUAAAAUCUGGUUUAAGGUUUCGUUGAAAGAUGGGGCGUUCGGGUGGAACGGGUGUCCAGUUUUUAUGAUGGCGAAGAUUGGGAAGAAGGGAAGAUAUAGCUGGAAAAGAAUAAAGCCUCUGGAUCAAUUCUAUGGAAAUAAUAACAAGGAAAUUCCAGAGGAAGGUUUUGAAAUGGAUGUCCCAGAGAAUGGUGACGAUCAACUCUUUUUUGGUCUUUAUGAAGUUUGGAGUGGAAAAUGGAAGGGAGGGUUGCUUAUUCAUGAAGCAAUCAUCAAACCAGCCUAAUAUUUAAGCCAAAAAAAUAAAAAAUAAAAAAUAAGUUGAUCAUAUUUAUACAUCUGAAUUUUCAUAAUUAUUGCUUGUUUAAUUACUUUUGUUAAUCUUAAUAUGUAAUUUGUGUCGGCUGCAAUGAAGCUGAAUCAUGCUUGAAAGACCAAAAGAUAAAAAGGAAAUAAGUGGCCUUUUUAUUGUUAUUUGAUUCUAUCUUCAUUUA